GUUCAUUUCAGCCUUCCAAUGACAUGAUGCUGAAAUUUUAUAGCUACUACAAGCAAGCAACACAAGGCCCCUGCAACAUUCCCCGUCCAGGAUUCUGGGACCCUAUUGGCAAAGCCAAAUGGGAGGCGUGGAAUUCUCUUGGGGAAAUGCCGAAGGAGGAGGCGAUGGUGGCCUAUGUGGAAGAUUUGAAACUGAUUCUGGAAAGUAUGCCUGUAACAAAUGAGGUCGAGGAGCUUCUGCAGGUCAUUGGACCGUUCUAUGAGCUCAUUGAUGAAAAGAAGAAGAUAUUGCAAGUGUCAGAUUUGAGCGCAGGUAAACUGAACAACAGUGCCCUCUUGG